AUGACUGGACAUAUGAAAGUCAAUGAAAACAUUUGGCCUACUGGCUACCCUGAAUGUGGUUUAACAAAUCAGUCUCCUAUUGAUAUCACUUCAGAUGUUUUCGUCUCAAAUGCCAGUCUGCGAAUUGACUUUCUAGGCUACAACCAGUUGAUCAGUCAGUUUGAUGUGUCUAACACAGGCCAUGCAAUUCAGUUUAGUUACGUUGGGGAACCAUCGGAGGCGCCCCAAAUAACUGGAACUGCUUUAUAUGAAGAAACGUUAACUCUUUCACAAUUGCACUUUCACUGGGGACAGGCCGAUAAUGCUGGUUCCGAGCAUCGAAUCAACGGAAAGCCGUUUGAACUAGAAAUUCAUUUGGUGCAUUAUAACCGAGACAAAUAUCCAACUUUCAAUGAUGCACUAAACGCUCACAAUGGCGUAGCUGUUGUGGCAGUUUUUUACAUGAUUGACGAGAAAAAUGUCAAAGAACUGGACAACAUUGUUGAAAUGGUAAACGAAGUAGCUUCCAGUGGCGGCAGCGAAACUGCCCACCUAGAGCAUCCUUUUGUUCUAAACCACUUGUUGCCUGAUCUAAGUGAAAACAUUAACUUUUACCGGUACCAUGGCUCACUGACAACUCCGCCAUGCACAGAAGGNUCACUUGGAUUAUUGCUGAAGCAGUGGCUCACAUUGGCAGAGAUCAAAUUGAAGCUUUUCGAGCGGUGA